GGUGCCCCUGUCUCACUAUUUAACCUGCUUGGAACACUGAAAGCUGUGAGGACAGCUUCCUGAACCAGGGGUCCAGAUGAUUUCCUCUUUGUGUUUGUUGGGGGCACUCAGCGCUCUAAUAUGGCUUCCAGGUUCACUGGAGGCCAAAUCUUUGCUGAGUGCCAUCCAGAAGGAAGGGUUGGUUCCCGUCGGUGACGUCGGUAUCGAUCCGGAGAAGGCCAAUGACUUUCUGAGCCACUCCAGGCCCAAGAGGAACCUGGACCCCAAAUGGUACCGAGGGAACCCGGACUUCCAGUCGUACUACCGAUACUACAGCAGCAUUGGACACACUGAAGGGCUUUAUGAAAUCGACAAGCUGAGGAUGUUGUACCAGCAGAUGAGGCACUUGGAGCAGACGUACGGUCCCAACGCCUCGUAUUUCCAGAACAAGCUGGGGGUCCCCCAGAUCAUGUGCGACCCCACCACGGACAAGAAGUGCAAGGUGGUCGCUCCGCCACCUCCUCCGCCAAUGAAAGGCAUCCCCAAGGUCACAGAGGCACCCGCCACCACGCCCCCUCCCCUUCCCCGUGCCCCCACCAUCUCCCAGGCCGACGUCCUCUACCUGUGCAACACUAAGGACCCCCUGUGCAAGCCCCACAUCGUGUACCUGCCCACUGGCGCCGUUCCUGUCCUCUGUGACCCCCGUUACCACCCUCACUGCUCUCCCCAGAAGGCGCCACCCGCUCCAGCCGUGGCACCGCAGCCGCCGCCGCCCCCGAAGAGGUUUGUGCCACCGCCCAUCCUGGUCAAAAAGUCCCCCCUGCCGGCCCCCAUUCGCUCCUUCAAGGGCAUGGAGUACGACUGCGACCCGUAUUGGGACCCCGACUGCUUGAUCGACCACCCGCCCAGACCCCUCAAGGGUAAAGUGAUGGGACCCCCGCCCCCACCUGUGGAAGAGAAGGAGGAACCUGUGGAGGAACCUGCGCCGCCGCCUCCUCCGCUCAUCCAGAAGAAAGGCAACCCCUUCCCCUACUACUACGCCCCCCAGCCCUACAACCCUCUCGACGAGCUAUAUGACCCAGCCCGUUUCCAGUACCCUCAACCGGAAGUACCCGCGGACGAGCCGGAAACAAAAUAGGGCAUCCACCUUGAAAACCAAUCGGACUCUGGGUGAAACCGUUGAUGAUAUUGUGCGCAUUAGUUGAUAAGCCUUGAAAGCAGUCAUUCCCGACAUCAUUACCAGAUUAACCUGUGCACUCUGGGAUAUGAACCAAAUUUGCUGAACAACACUUUAUGUACUGUAUGUGUAACCGAUCUGACGGUGACAUCACUGCGCUCCCUUUCUCAUCAUCUUACAGCCUCCAACCAUCGAUCUGUUGAACGUGCUGACUGCCCAGCAAACAGCCCAGUCUACAUCCAGCUGCCGAUACGCGCUUUUAAUUCUCAGCGACUAAGGGUUUCCUAACCUUCGACAUGCACAACACUUCUUCAAAUAGUCUUCAGUAGCUCGGUAGUCGGCACAUGUUGAUUGACAUCCCAGUUGGAAAGGGAGUGAACAAGAGAAGGAUCGCAGCGACAUCAUCACCACCAUGAAGACUGAUUACAUGUACUGAGUUUGGACAAAACAAUGGAAACACCUACCAUUUUGGCAUCAUAAUCAUUGAACAUAAUUGUUAAAGAAUGGCAUGAGGAAUAUUCUGAUGAAGUUGAGCAUCUCGUAUGGCCGGCACAAUCCCCAGACCUCAACAUUAUUGAGCAUUCAUGGUCAGUUUGAGAGAUUCAAUUAAGACGUGGAUUUCCACCGCCAUCGUCUUUAAAAGAGUAUUCUAACUGAAGAAUGGCUUAAAAUUCCUUUGGAAACAUUUCACAAGUUAUAUGAAUCAAUACCUUGCAGAAUUAAGGCUGUAAUUGCCGCAAAAGGCGAACCUACAUCGUAUUAAAGUAGUUUUUGUUAAUAUUUUAAGGGGUUUCCAUUAUUUUGUCAAAUCUCUCUAGAUCACAGUAUAAAAUCAUUACAAAUGGAUUUUUUUCUUCCAUUAUAUCUACCAUAAAAUUUGCCAUUCUUUUGAGAUUUUCACAUGUAUUUUACGGUUUUCCCAUUUUUUUAUUUCAUUUUUCAACAGUGUAGUCUGAAAAUCAGUAUUUAUUCACUAUAAUGUAUCUAUAUUCAUCAGUGUUUGUUAAUGAGCUAGUGACAAGAUGAAAUGCUCAAGGUCCAAUCAACUUAUGUAUUCCCUUAUUGUCAUUCAUACAACAGAAUGGCUUUGUGUUCAACUAAACAGGCCCAGAUUCUGCAUUGAGUGAGCGCAUUUGUGAGUUAAUUGAGGAAAGCCUUACACUUUCUCUG